AUGCCAAAAUGUUGUCCCUGCCCACCGCCUCCACCAAACUGUUGUUGCGAUCCCAAUUCUUCCCAGCAACAACAACAUCGCGUUGUGGCUGACGACUGUUGUCCACCACCGUGUUGCCCCAAGCCGUGCUGUUGCCCGAAGCCCUGCUGCCCACCACCUUGCUGCGAUGCGGAAUCCGAGUCUUACGACAUUGAUGCCAUGUAUGAACGCAAGAUUGAGCAACUAUCCAAGAUGUCAGUGCAGCCUCAACAGAAGAAGUCGCAGGUUAUGGCAAAGCGGGCUCCGUCAGUCCCAGCACAGCAGACGAUGCCGCUGACUUUCGAUGACGUGGUGCCUUACUCGGCGCCGAAGAGACAGAGAAUGAACCACGGUGGUUAUGUAGGGCACCAUCACUCCGGAAGAGUUCCCUUCCGAGCCACGCAUGAUCACCAAGUGCACCACGGUGGACACCACAGGCUUCGAACAGUGCGCUCUCCACCACUAGGCCUUCGCGAAGGGAAGAAGACCGUCGAUGAAGAGCUCUCCAGCGACGAGAACAUCUCUGCCAUUUUCACAUUUUAGUCGUUUUAUGUUCAUUACGCAUGGGAAAUUGAAACCAAAAAUACAACCAAGCCAAUCCACGGGAAACCCCCUUUACUUCCAUGUUCUACAACAAAUGCAUGAUCACAGCCUUACGAAAACAUGAGCACUGUUUCGGUUUAAUCAACGGGAUCCUUUCGCCAUAUCAACGUUUUGUUAUUCGCCGGCA